AUGCCUAGAAUUUUUUAUAGUAGCAGAACUCAUUCACAACUUAAUCAAGUUGUUAAAGAAAUCAAGAAUAGUACAUAUUACAAAUCCGGUUUUUUAACUAAUAUGAAAUUUAUCACUUUAGCUAGUAGAGACUUCUACUGUAUCAAUUCAAACGUUAAUUCUCAAAACGGUUCCACGCUAGAACAUUCGUGUAAACAACUAGUUCGUACUAAAAAAUGCCGUUACCACUUAGGCUGCAACUCCAAAUUGUACAAAAGCGAUAUCUGGUCCGGCGAACCGUACAUGACUGAAAGUUUAAAAAUUGUAGCACGCAAAAGAACAGAUGACUACAAAGUUUUUUGUCCUUUUUAUGCUACUAGAGACACACAAAACAAAGCCAACUUCAUCUUACUGCCCUACAACUAUUUAAUCACCCCUUCGCUUCGAAAUAAGCUCGGUAUUAAUUUUGAGAACGAUAUCAUAAUCAUUGAUGAAGCGCACAACAUUGAAUCUUUUUCAGAAGAAGCUCUUUCUCUCAACACGAAUAUUGCAGACAUUACAAUUAUCCGAGACCUGAUAGAGAACAUUGACAAUUACGGUCCGGACAGUGCAUACAAUAGUUUAGCUAACACCCCUUUGCCUCUCGACGUGCGAGAUUUUCUUAGUAAAAAGGGAUAUCGGUUCUUAGACAAAGUGCUCAAAUUUGUCAACAAUCUGGAAUUACCGUCUAUCGCUAUGAGUGAAUUGUUCUCCAAGGCACAGUCUGUCAUUAUUACAAGUGGGACGUUAAAACCUUUGGAUUGUUUAGCCGCACAGCUCUCUAAAGACGAAUGCAAAUUCUACACUUUAGAAAAUGAUCACGUCAUUGAUUCAUGCCAGGUUUUUGUAGCAGUAGUUUCUGAAGGACCGUCCAAAGUGGAGAUCGAGCUCACUUACGCCAAGUCGCAAGAUAAAGAAAUAGUCAACGAAGUAGGCUUGUCGAUAUUAGAAAUCGUCAAACAUUUCAAAAAUCAGGAUUGGCUUAGAACAGUUACGUUUAACGCGGUAAACCAAGCGAUUGGGCGUGUCAUUCGUCAUUCAAAUGACUUUGGAGCGGUUUUUCUAAUCGAUAAGCGUUACCAUUACGCUUCUAACUUGGAGUCUUUGUCCAACUGGGUUGAAUUAUUCAGGCCUAAAAAUCUGCAUGAUAUCAUUGGAAACGAAUACAUAAUAAAUUGUGUGAAAGGUUUUUUAGAAAAAGGCAAUCUGCCGCAUUUGCUCUUUUACGGGCCUCAGGGGUGUGGUAAAACGUCACUGGCUCACACUAUUUGCACUUUGAUUCACAAAGAUAUUAAGAAUUCAAACAUCUUAGAGCUGAACGCUUCCGACGAUCGCGGUAUCGACAUAACGAGAAGCAGAAUCAAGAUUUUUGCAGAGUCUACCUUCCACGAUUUUUUCAACAAACACAAAUUUGUAAUGUUAGACGAAUGUGACUAUAUGACAGCAACGGCUCAAACAGCGCUUCGUAGGAUUCUAGAAGUAUACUCGGCGAAUGUUCGGUUUAUUCUCAUUUGUAACAAUAUCAGUAAGAUCAACAUUCCCGUACGGAGCCGGUGUUGCAAUUUUCGUUUUCGCCCUAUAAGCACAAACCAAAUCAAGCACUGUAUAUCGCGAGUGAUUGAAAAAAAAAGACUCAACGUAGAAGAAGGAGCUAUGGAUUUAUUGGUAGAAUUAUGCAAUAAAGAUUUGCGGUUUUUAAUCAAUUCGCUGCAACAAUGCGGCUACCGAAUACUUAUCACAGCUUUCCGACAAAAUGAAGUUCGAUAUAAAGAAUUUUAUUCACGUGCUGCACAAACAUUUACUCAAUCAAAACUUGGACGAUUCCAUUUACAAAAAUAUUCUUCCAAAGUUAGCCAAAAUUCAGUCAGAACUAUACUUAAUGCCGAACAAUAA